GCGCGCGUGUGCGUCCGCCGCUGUCUUUCACGCUCCUUGCACCCCCGUAUUAGGAAUACGGUCUGGCCGUCUCGCGGAAUCUCGCAUAUCGCCCUCGCGUACACACAAUCGUCGCGCUCCACCUCGUCCCAUUGCGCUGCCGGCCGUCGGACAGCUGCGCGACGAGCGUGACUGCCGCGAGUGUGCGUCGACGAGGUGCCAAGGUGUGUUGUCACGUGACGACGACACUGUCGCGACCACGGGGCUCGGUCCCUCGAGUCUCGAAGGGCGGAGGAAAUCGACCCCCUUGUCCUGCUGGGUGCUCGCCAACACCAUCGCGCCGACGUAACACCGCGCACUGUGUUCAACUGACGACUCCGGGUCCGCGGGACGAGACGAGAUUAAACUCGGCCGGGGGCAGCGGGACGGCGUAAAUACCGCGGCGUAAGAUCGAUAAGGGAAUACGAGGGAGCCGCGCCGGAGUCCUCCCGUAUUUCGCGCUCGCCGUCCGUCGGCCGUUGAUGGGAAAAGUGGGUCGACCUACCGCAACACGUUGGUGGAAGUUAUUCAAUGAGGAACGAUAUUCGCAUUUAGAAGAGUACGAUGAGAGGUGGUGCUGGUGAUGGUGAUGGUCCGUCUAUGGUUACCGUUCCUGCUUCGUCGGCGUCCCUUAAUUUUAUGACGACCGAGGAUAGCAUGAGCGACGACGUAUUCGAAAUGGACGACGAACGCUCCUCCACCGUCACGAAUGUCGUUUCCGGAGGCCUCACGCCCGCAACCGUGGAACGACCCCUCGAGAAGACACCCUCACCUACCGGAUACCGCGAUUAUAAGCCACCUGCCGAGGUGCUCAGUAACAACUACAGCACGACUUUUAGAACAACGAGCGACUUCGACAGCGUAAGAAGCGCUUUGAAGAAGGACCAGGAGAGAGACGAUAAUUUCGCGCACAAGACAAUCCUCCUCGGUGAUAGCGGAGUUGGCAAGACUUCGUUAUUGGUCCAGUUCGAUACCGGAAGAUUCCAGCCGGGAAACUUCGCGGCCACCGUGGGUAUCGGUUUUACGAACAAAGUUGUCACCGUCGACGACACGCCGAUCAAGCUGCAGAUAUGGGACACAGCCGGCCAGGAGAGGUUCCGAAGCGUGACGCACGCUUACUACCGAGACGCGCACGCGCUUUUGCUGCUGUACGACGUGACGAAUAAGACGAGUUACGACAACAUCAGGGCUUGGCUAAGCGAAAUCCGGGAACACGCGAACGAGGAUGUCGUCAUCAUGCUGCUGGGUAACAAGUCCGACUGCGGAACGGAGCGUGCCGUUAAGCGGGAAGACGGCGAGCGAUUAGCGCAGGAGUACAAAGUGCCGUUCAUGGAAACGUCUGCCAAGACUGGCCUCAAUGUCGAAUUGGCGUUUCUCGCCGUUGCUCGAGAGUUGAAGGCUAGGAAAAGCGACGAUUCCGACGGGGCGAAAUUCAACGUUCAGGACUACGUGCGCCAGCAGUCGCAGCGAAGCUCCUGCUUCAACUCCAGCUGCCUGACAACCUGAACUGCUUUCCUUUUCUACGUUACAUUAAGAGGAUACGCGAGCCGGAACCGCGUUGGUCGCGACGAGACACGGCGCGAAAUUGCCAUCGUGAGGCAAGCACCCCAUUUGACUGCCGCGCGAGGGAAACAACAUCGCGGUGUAACAUUCGUCGGCGGGACGGUGUAAAUUUUAUACUCGAGUCAUAGAGCAACUUUGCGAAUAAACCACAGCGCAGGCGGAUCGAUCCACGUUCGUCGGGUGAAUCGGAAUCGCGGUGCGGCGAGUGGUCAGCGUUUUCGGGAAACGCGAUGCAUUAUUUCGCUCAACGAGCGGUCGCGAAAGUGUUAACGCAAUAUCGAGAGAUCCAAAUUGUUUGCGCACUUAGAGAAAUCGAGAUCAGGGAGCUGAACUGCUUUCUUUUUUUUUUAGCGUAGCAUCAAGGGGGAAACGCGGAGUUCUCGUUAAACGUAAGCAAACACGUGUCAAUGGUUACUCGCACACGCUGUAUAUUAAUGUGAAUAGUUCUAAGAGAAUAGAGAGAGAGAGAGAGAGGGAGAGUUUCACACGCAGGAUACCCCCGUAGGUAAAGCUUUAGCUUGAUGGUUCUAAUUUCAUGUACGCCACAUCCGCGUACGUACGCACAUAUAUAGUAUACAUAUACGAGUAUCAUUAAGCGCUCAGAGCGAUUAUUAAGCGAUCGUUGAGCAUAAGCUGUAACGUCGAUUGUCGCACACCGAUUCCGUAAUCGUUCGUUACGUUAUGCUCCAUUAGCGUUCGCCGUUCGUAACAAAGGAGCGCGAAUAAUCUUGCGAUUUGCAUACAAUGUGCUUGUUACCGAGUUACAGCUCGGCGCGGCUGCAUUUCUCUCGCGGUGCCUGCGUGAGCGAAUAAAAUGUCAAUGCAAGCUCGGUCGACGUACCAAGUUGCGAAGUAGUGCGUGUCGAAAGAAAGAGAGCGAGAGAGGAAGAGAGAGAGAGAGGGAGAGAGAAAGAAAUUACAUCUCGCGGGAAGAAUGAGAAAAGAAUUCGCGACCUUCCGUCGAACGGUAGUGGCCGAACACGCUCAAGUUUUCCCAAAGAGCGGUCGCUUUCCUCCUCUCUUUCUCCCUUCUUUUCUUUCUUCUCUCCUAGCGAGAAGACGAGAGAACGUCACUUCUAUACGAAUACCGCCAAAUAAACUGCUAGUUCCGAAGGAGACGAAAGGGACGCGAACGACAGGAGGGCGACGGUCAUUUUUAACGAGUCCAAAAUCGUCGUCGCCGUCAUCACGGAGCCGUGAGAUCUUUUUUUAGAGUAGACAGCGUUUGCUACCAAUAGCUACUUGGUCGGGUGCCGUUUGCCUCGGGCCGACUCGUGACAAAUUGCGACACUGUUGGCGAUCUAGAUGUUCCAUAGGAAUCUGUGACGUUUCGUGAUCGUUAUCACGAGCAUGUUUUGUAAUCGACAAACUGAUAUUUAUGUAAUGUUAGAGAGAGAGAGAGAGGGUAAGAGAAACACUAAUGCCAAUUGACCGCGGGAAAACGGUUAUCCGCAACGUAAUGUAGGAAAUCAAGGAAAUUUAUCGAUCGUUAUCGUAUCAGAGUUCUAAGCAAAGUUGAGGAUCGCUGUCUGUUGAAGAGUCAAUAAGCUUAACACUGUUCAAUAAAGCUCUAUCCAUGUUACCGCGAAGGACCGUUCGAUCACUCUUGAUUUUUCUAAGCCUCUAUUUUGCGAUAGAAUUAGCGGAAGUAACCGGGGACGCGCGCGAGAGAGAGCGCGAAAUUAAUUUUUUUAGCGAAACGGACAUCCGAGGAGAGUUUAGAUCGGAAGAUCGAGGGGAUAUAUCGCGUAUGUUACAUCCUGAUGUAUAUGACGUGCAAUCUGUCUUACCUGCAGUGUACAAAUGACAAUUUCGUGUAUCAGAUGUAUAUUGAAGAAAUAUAUGAAAUAAAAGUCGACCAAACGUACGAGAGGUA